GUAUUUUGAUGCAGAUGGAAGCAAGUCCAGAUGAGGAGGAUGUCGUCACCCUGGAGAUAAAGUCAGACAUUCAACUGAUACUUUCAGCACUGUGUGAGACUGACAUGCACAGAAAGGAACUGUUUGGCUCAGAAGGAGUUGAGAUGGCCGUUCACUUCCUGAGGAAAGGCGCCAACAAGUUCUACAGCGGUCUGGGACACAACAAGCUCAUCCUUACUACAGUGGACUGUGUGUGGUCCUGUAUUGUAGGCUGCUACACCACAGAAGAUUAUUUUUUGGCCAAAGAGGGAGCGUAUCUUCUGUUGGAUCUACUCAAUUCAAGCCCCAGAUGCAUACACUCCAUCGUCCUUGCCACCCUGCUGGAGUUAUGUGACAACCCAAACACAAUGUCUCACAUCCUGAGCUGGAAAGAUGACGGCGGUCAGACAGCUCCCAGACUCCUGCUGCAGCUGUGGAGGGAGGAGGAGGAGGAGCUGAAAGUCAGCCGAAACCAAUACGGCGGGAUCGCAGAUCCCCAGAAGCCCAUCCUCAGUCUUUACCAGCAGGGGGACACCCAGCUGCCAUUUCCUGCCCACGUACCGAGUGCAGCAGUGCUGGAGAUAUCAGAGAACCUGCGGUCAAAGAUUUACUCCAUCUUCUGCAAACUUGGUUUUCAAGACCUUCCUGGAUUGUCAAGAAAAGAUUAUGUGACCUUGAGCAUCGUCAGGAGAUAUCUGGACUUCAAGGUCGGUGAGGUGUGGGAAGAGAUCAGCAGGGAGCUGAGUUUGGAUGGCGUGAGGCCGAUCACCCCUGAUGAGGAGGCUCUGAGUACUAUCUUGAAGAUUGCAGAGGACACAGCGAGGAGGGUCUCAGCAGAACAAAACAGCAUCCUGGAGCAGCAGGAGAAGGAGGACAUCAGCGAGGAGGAGCUCAUGUACACAGAGAUUAAGUCUCAUUGGAAGCAACGGGAGCUCACAGCCAAGUUAUGGGACAGUUACGUUUCAAAGACUUCAAACUAUGAAGUCCUGAAGGAAGUAAAAGCACGGAGGGAGAAAUACAUUGAAUCAUCCAGAACCAAACCAAAGCAUGAGGAUGCUGCAGUUCAUCAUACAGAGCAUUUCAUCGGGCAGGUCCUGUCUGUAGAGCGCACAGAUAGUCAGGGGCCUGCAGGAGUGAAACUGACCCUGGCCAGAGCUCCCAUCGAGGCUGCAUGUCAGGACGAAGUGGGACCCACAACACAGGACCCAGAAUACUUUAGCACCGUAUCUAUAAAAGACUGAUGUCAGGAAAGAUAAUGGUUUACUGCAAGACAAAAUACAAACAGUACAUUUUAACAGACCAAACAUUAACAUGUUUAUUAUGAAUAGUUGUUUAUAAGUGUUUUAUUUGACUUAUUAUUUUAUUGACUGCAGCAAAUGCAGACAUGAGGUCACUUGUUGUGCACAAUCAGCACCUUGUAGUCUAAUCCACCACCAAUCCCCUUAUAUAGACAAACACACACAGUGUAGUAAACUGACUGGUCUUUGUGGCCUCACAAAUCUUAUGUCAGCAUGUCUGAUGCACAUUACAACUGUUAAAUUCAUGUGUAUUAAAUAAAUAAAACAACAUAAGCAUUACAUGAAAGUGUUUUUGGAUGGAAAAUGUAGUUAACAUGAAAAUUGGUUAAAGAAUUAAACCUUUUGUCCACAAAAUUCA